UCAGCUCCUGUGUGGUGAGACCAUCAUAUUUCACUCAGUGACUGGCUCCAGCUCUGUGUUCAGGAUGAGCAGUAAGAUCAUAUUUUACGAGGACAGAAACUUCCAGGGCCGCUCGUAUGAGUGCGACAGCGACUGCCCCGACACCGACCCACACUUCAGCCGCUGCAACUCCGUCAAGGUGGAGAGCGGCUGCUGGGUCCUGUACGAGAAGUCCAACUACGGCGGCUACCAGUACGUCCUGACCCGUGGAGAGUAUCCCGACUACCAGCGCUGGAUGGGCUUCAACGACACCAUCCGCUCCUGCCGCACCUUCUCACAUACCAGCGAGGGUUCGUACCGCAUGCGCAUCUACGAGCGGCCCAACUUCCAGGGCCAGAUGAUGGAGUUCAGCGAGGACUGCGAGUCGGUGCAGGAUCACUUCCGCAGCCGUGACGUCCACUCCUGCAACGUCAUGGAGGGAUACUGGACCAUGUACGAACACGCCAACUACCGCGGCCGCCAGUACUUCCUGAGGCCCGGGGAGUAUCGCAAGUUCAGUGACUGGGGGGCGACCUGCGCCACCACCGGGUCGUUCCGCAAAAUCACAGAGUUUUAAUCUCAGUUUUCACCUCACAAAGGCCAAUGACAUCUGGAUGCUAAUGUAGAUGUGAAAUGAUGUAGAGUGGGAUGAUUUUAGAGACAUAAAAAAUCAACAUGAAAUUGUUUAAAAUGCCUAAAUAAAUGGAUCUAUUGUAAAAUAGUUCUCUGUGCUUGUGAAUAAAUAUUUUUAUUGGCUCAUAAAAAGCUACAUGAGAGAUUAA